AUGGAGGAGCUCCGCAAACACGGAGGCGCCGUGUCGGACGAGUCGUCCGUCACUCCCAUCCAAUACUGGGGUGGUCCCGUGCUGAGCGGCAACACGCUGAAUGUGUACUUAAUCUACUACGACUUCUGGCCAAAGCAAUCCGCGCAGACUGUGAUUGAGAAUUUCAUUCGUUCGCUGAGUGUUGGAGGCGCCGUAGCGCAAGGGGAAGCCGCGGAUCCGAAAGUGAGCAACUGGUGGGCGAUCAACUCAAAAUACUACUCGCAGGCAUCUGAUGGGUCCGCGCCCACCGUCAGCACCGAGAGCAAGAUUGGCUCCGGAAAGCCGUUCCUGUACGACGCCAAUGGCAUCUACCUGCUUCUCACCAGCACCAACAUCAAGGCCUCUGGCUUCUGCACGGAGUACUGCGGGUAUCACACGAUGGAUCGCCUCGGCUCCAAGUCUAUCGUGUAUUCCCUCGUGGGUCAUCACGGAUUGUGCCGCGGAAACUGCGGUGCGAAGCAGACUUCGCCCAACGGGAAGCCGUGGCUGGACGCGAUGGUUUCGACGAUCGCUCACGAGAUCGCGGAAGCGGCGACGGAUCCCAAUGCCAGCAGCGGCUGGUUCGACGCCAACGGGGAGGAGAACGCUGAUAAGUGCAGCUACGAGUACGGAGAGACGCAAACAGGUCAGAACGUGUAUGGUGAUGAUGCAGAGUACAACCUGGUGGGGCUCAACGGCAUGAAGUUCAUGGUGGAGCGGAACUGGGACGUGGCCACGGACUCGUGCGUUUCGCAGACGACCGAGUUGGGGAUGCGAUGA